AUGGGCCUCCUGCCACUAACAUACUCACGCCCAUCCCAUGUGUCCCGCGAAGAGUUUGAGGCGCGCGCCACCUCGCCCUCCGAAAGGGCUUCGCUCCGCUCCGGACGAUCAAGUCUCUCUGCUGGAAUCCCCGAUGCCCUCGCCUUCGACAAGAUCAUCGCCGGCGAGACGUGUCCGCCUAUGUCUGUCCGUGAUUUCAUGAACUACUUGCUAUUCAUCGAGUUUUCGGCGGAGAACCUGCAGUUCUACCUGUGGUACCAGAGCUACUCGGAGCGCUUCCGCAAGGCUCCCAAGUCAGAUUUGGCUCUCGCGCCGGAAUGGACGAGGGAGAUGGAGGAAGAGAUCCAGGUCAAGCUGCAGAGGGAGGCGACGGAAAAGAUGCGCCGCCGGCCCAAGCGCGGCCAAGCUACUGACAUUUUCGAGGGCACCGACUUCGAGAAGCGGGACCCCAUGGCUGCGGAGGCCAUCAUCGAGCUCGAUUCGCCGCCCGUCACCCCCAAGACCCAAAAUGACGUAGAGGAGGCCCAUCCCGGGGAACUGUACAACGAGUCCGUCUAUUGCCCGUCAUCUCUCCCUUCGGUCACCAGCACCCUACGCUCACCGACAAGCGAGGCCUUCCACGCGGCCGGCGCAAAAGCUCCAUUCACUAUCCAACCCUUCAGGGAAGAAAUAGACCGCAUCAUCUCCACCUACAUCAUGACCCUCCUCCACGCCCUCUCCUACACCACCCACCCCAGCGCCCUCGACAUCGCCUUCAAGUCCGUCGACGCCUCCCUGCGUUUCCAGAGCCACCCCAACUUCGUCCGCUGGUCCGUCUGCAACGGCAACCCGCCCCGCGUGUCCUUUGCCCGCGUGCUCGGCUUCAGCGGCAUCGCCCUGUCCUUCGGCCUCGCCGUCAUGCUCGUCCUCAGCACCGCGUCCCGGGGCUGGCGCGGGUUUCUCGCGUUCGGCUGGGCCAUCGGCAUCUGCACCGUCGUGGCUAGCUACAAGGGCAUGUGCAUUUGCAUGUACGCUAUGCACCACCGCCACAUUCGCCCGUGGGAGCUCUUCCUCGACGCGGAAGAGGGCGCGGCUGACUCGGCCUCCAAGCGGUCCUUUGACUCCCUGAGCUCGAGUAAUAGCUUCGAGGACGAGCCGUGGCUGGCCAACUACUCCAGCAAGAAUCUCAUGCGCAAGAUCUUUGACAAGGAGGCCUGGAUCGAGGAACCUGUUCUCAGGCAGAUCCAGGAUACCAUCUUUGUGCAGUCCCUUCUUAUUGGGUCUGCGGCUUCGGCUGUCCUUGCGGUUAUCUUUGUCUUCAUCCCCUCGGGCAAUUUCUUUUCUUUCUAA